AUGUCGCAGAAAGGUAUAGGCGUGUCCAACCUCCCAAAUGUAAAAUAUCGAAGCUUUUGCAAGGCAGGAAUAGAUUUCAACAUAAUGAUAAUCGGCUCAAGCGGCUUGGGGAAAUCAUCUUUCAUCAAUCAGAUGCUAGGUGAACCCGUUCUGUCCUCCGAUCCGUUUUUGAAGGAGGACGAUGGAAACCAGAGUAAUGAGAUUACUAGGGUGUCCGAUACAGAUGGAGCCGAAGAGCAGGAAGAUAGAUAUUUUCACAGGAACUCUUUGAUUAAUAUUCAGAUAUCGAAGUUCUUUGUCAUGGAAAAUGAGUUUCAAACAAGAAUUACCGUGGCCGAGGUGGAUGGAGUGGGAGAUAAUGUCUGUAACGAGGAAUGCUGGGUACCUGUUGUGGAGUUGAUUCAGAAUAACUUCAAAGACUACCUAGAGCAAGAGAGGAAGAAUGUCAGGCCAUUGAUCAAGGAUAAAAGAAUCCAUAUCUGCCUUUACUUCUUGGAACCCAAUCCAUCUCAUGUGAAGCUUGUGGACAUAAAGACCAUGAAGGAGAUAUCGAAGAUUUGCAACUUAAUUCCAGUGGUUGGGAAGAGCGAUCUUCUGAGCGACUUGGAAAGACAGGAAUGCAGCGACAGGAUUGCAGAGGCUAUAUCUGCAGAAAACAUCGAUGUUUUUUACCUAGAUGUGCCAGACAGAGAGAGAAUCGGUAAAUCGGAAUAUCCUUUUUUUGUCAUUGCAAAGAACGUUGACCACGAAGACACCCCAGGGCACAACAGAGAAUAUCCAUGGGGAACAAUGGUUCCUGAAAAAGUGGGAAGCAAUGAUUUUUACCUUCUGGUUGACUCUCUGAUAGCAAAGAAUCUCAUAAAGCUUGUAGAAGCAACAGAGACGUUUUAUGACGACUACAAGACUAAAGAGAUUGGCAGGUCAAUAGCAAACAAACCGGAGAUUCUUGGGGAGGAUGACAAGAAGCUAACAAGGGAAAUACAAAAGAAGAUCAAAGAAGACGAAAAGACUAUUGCAGAGCUAAGGCAGAGACUGAUAGAAAAAAGAAAAUAUUACGAGUCAAAACUGCUGGAGAUGGUAGAUAAUCACAGGGACGAAGAAAUAAAUUCCUCUUAG